AUGAAAGGAAACGGCAAAAUCGCAUUCUGUGCUCUGUUACUAUUUACCAUCUUUAACAUCCAAGCAAGAAGAAGCAGCCGACUUUUGGAGGGCACCACCUUAAGGAGCGCGGAAAACAACUGGAAUAGAAGAGACAUGAAUCCCAAUCAUCCCUGUGCAUGCAACUGUAAAUUGAAAGCACGGAAUGGAUCUUUUAAGUUCAUUAAUUUCGGGGAAAGUAGGAAGACAAAUUAUAUGAAGAAUGUGGGGCACCCAUCCACAAUGCAUCUUCCUGCGCGUUUUUCAAGACACAUGCCGAAUAAAGAUUCUCACAAAAGUGGAUUCCCCUCGUUACAAAAGAGAAGCGGACUUACACUCAGUCUAUCCAUGCGGGGUGCUAUGAGGUGUUCCUUUCUUUUUAACAGACCUGAUGUGUUCCGCUGGAAUUAUGAGCGAAGGCUGAACAGUGCCCAGAAGAAUUGCACAUCGGAAGGUGGAAACUUUGUGGCACCCCAAAAGGUGGAGUCAUUGCCGCCCCAUCCUGUCAGGUACAAAUAUGCCCCCCCUUGGGGCCAAGCGAGCACAGGAACGGAGUACACCGGAUGGGGGAAUAUUACAACACGUGACUUCUCUCUGUCUGCACUGCCACGGGGCGGCGCCGCGCUUGUAUCUUCCCCGACAGUGGACCCCACCUCUACAAUUGCUUCCAUCUCGGAAGUUCCCCACGUGGGAGGAAAUUUAUACACACCCAGCGUGGUGGACCAGCGGGGCACAGACGAUACAAGUGACCCCCCCCGCAGUGCAACCUACGGGUCACCCCUCAGAACAACUGAGGGUUGUAGUUGGGUUGAGGCUCCAGCGGAUGUUUGCAACAGAAGUGGAGCCAAAAUUGGAAAGAGAAGCGGUGCCCAAUCUGUUACCGAAUCUGCUACCCAGCCCUCCGAAGGAGGAAGAAAGAGAAAACCGGUUCUGUCCGAGGAGGCCAAACGAAACAUGCGAGAAAAACUUGCAGCCAUUAUGCGGAGCAAAUGGAGGGACCCAGAAUUCCGCAAAAAGAUGAUGAGGUCUUUUAAGAAGAGGGGCCUUGAACACAACAAGAAAAUAUCGGAGGCUGUCAAAAACAAAUGGAAAAAUGACAUGAAUUAUAAACAGAAAACGCUGGAUGGCCAACGGAGGUACUUCAUCAGACGAUAUAAAAAUAAGGAGAUACUUCCCAUUUCAGAUAAAACGAGGGAGAAAAUAUCGAAAGCUAUGAAGCAAUACUGGGCGAACAGAAAUAAAUUCGCAAAAACGAAAAUUAACAAUUUGCAGCACGUCCAGAAGCGGAAGAAAAAGCACAAGAAGGUUUGGGAAGAUAUUUACUCUCUUAUAUUAAAUCAGAAGGUUGGAGACUUCGGCGGAUAUCAGUCGUCUCUGCACCACAACUUGUCGAUUAAUUUGCAGGCCGCGCUUAGCUGA